AUGACUUUGGUAAAAUAUUUCGCUGUCGCGAGUUUGCUGUGUUCAGCUCUACAAUUUCCUGAUCUUGUUUUCUCGUCUCGACAAAGGAUUAAGCGUGUGCCAUUCACUUCUUCUCCAAAAGGAGGUGAUAAUGUGUCGAACAAACAAGCGCACAAAAUACCAGAUGACGUGAUGGACGACGAUUUUCCACCUCUUAGCUUUUACAUCCAAGACGUGAACAUCACCUCUUUGCAGAGAACCAACCAAACCAGCUCACUUGGGUGGAACUAUACUAAUUCUAAUGAGCUGGAUUUCGACGGAUUAACUGUAUCAGCCAAUGACUCCAUUAAAGACAGCUUACCAAGGCUCAACUAUGAAACCUUUUGGUCCAAUGGAAGUUUGACACUCACCUUAGUGGAGCUUAAAAAGGUCGAGGGGAUAGGAAACGCAACUCACGACGUAUGGAGCAAGAUGGCAGACUUUGAGCUAGAAGUACCCGAUGUGGUUCCCAGUGACUUUGACGUUGUCAACGAUCCUCCUAACAUGGGGCGUCAUCGGCGAAAAAGAGCUGUAUUUGGUCCAGAUGAUCGAAUUAAAGUCCGCUACGUCGAUUCGAGACGGCUUCCAUACUCUGCGGUGGUGAGGAUAUCUACUGGCUGCACAGGCACCCUUAUCUCAGAAUACCAUGUGCUGACAGCGGCACAUUGCGUUCACGAUGGCAUGAAUUACCUCGUCGAUGUAAAGCACUUGAAGGUGCUCGUCUUGAGGCAUCAAGGAAAGGUCAUCAAAAUUGGAGUCGACUUCGUCAAAGUUCCGCGAGGAUGGACUCUCUCUCGCGAUUACCGUUACGAUUAUUCCGUCAUAAGACUCAAACGGGCGCACAACAAUGAAUUCCUAGGCAUGUAUGAAAUUCCUGCCGCCCUGGACAUUCGAAUAAAAAUCCAGUUCGCUUCUUUUCCCUUCGACAAAGAACAAAAUACUCUGUGGUACUCGAAUUGUGCAGCUCAUUGUCGUAAUCAUGCCAUCAUCAAUCGCUGCGAUUCUAACGCCGGAAGCUCUGGUGCAGGAAUCUACGCCCUGAUGAGGAAAGGUAAAGUAGUAGAACGGUUCGUGUUCGGAGUAUUUACUGGUUUGGGAAGCCGCGUACGGUUUCGUGGAAAAAUGCGUCUCAUGAACAUAGGCACGAAGAUUACACCUCUAAAGCUAGCGCAAAUUCGUGCCUGGAUGGGUCUGCCUCCAAGAAGACAUAAAGGUUCAAUCGACCAAAAAGCCAAAAUGCCUGUCUCUCCCAACCAUUAGAAACAAAGAAAGCUCUUAAUCAACUCAAAGGAGAAGCUAUGGAAACUUUAAAGUAACGGCCGUUUUCGUGGAAAUGGUAGUCACGAAAUUUUUUCUUUGUACAGGGCAAUAGGGUUGUGAUACCCCACGUUAUCAAUCAGCUAUUCUUUUGAAAAUCUUUCAGUUGUGCAAUGGAACAUCUAAAGGACAGACGUCUAAAAAGAUUACUUAUUUGUACGGGAAAUAUUUACCAGCGAGCCUCGAAUUCGGACAUCCAAACACGCAUGUGUUAGACGAAGGCAAUUUAUAUGAAGUAGAUAUUCUAAAAUCAGAUGUACGCGAGUAGAUUGGGACCAAACUCCUUCAAUACAUUCCGGUUGCGUGUUUUUUUAAUCUUCUUUCCAUCUGCAUGGUUAAAUUCCAUUUCGGAAUGUAAUGUAAUCUUCGUGCCUAAAUUCCAUGGGUUUCACAACAAAGCUAACAUAGCCACCGCAUAUGUUCCAGGUUGUUCUAGGGAAAAAGAGGAUGAUGUUAUGACUCUCGCAGGUGUCUUGAGCACUGUGGUAUAACUCAUAGCAACACGCAAACUCAAGGCACGUGUAAUAGUGGUCCCCCAACAGACACCUGAUUUUAGGGCAUCCACUGCAUUUAAGCUUUAAGAAAAACGUUUCGUAAUUAUUGUCCGCGGAAGCUCAGCAUUUUGAGGUUUAAGAGUCAAUGAACUUCUGCUUUGAACGUUUCAUAUACGUUCAACAUGCAUUUACGCGGAAAGGACUUUGUCAAUUCCUACGAGCUAGUUAUCAAUCUUUAACUGUUGUUAUGUAACUGCCAAUCGUUAACUCAAAUAUUAGUUAGAUUUUCUUUAACUUAUACAACAGACUUCUCUUUUUAUACUAUCGGCUGCUCCCACGAGGAAGAUUCAGAGCAAGAAUAAUAUUAUAUUAGCUUAUUUAACUGAAUUUAACUUAGUCAAAAUGAAUGGCAAAUAAGUUGUAUUUAUAUAACAACAUACUUUGCUAAUAAAUAUAAACAAUAAAAUGGUUCAGGUUCUCGGUUAAUGAGGUUAAUGAGAGAAAUUCACCCAGUCUUUCAGGUUUUUCUCUUACUCACUCAUCUUACGAAGGGCUUGGGACGGGUCUUUUCAUAUAAACACUUCCAGAAAGUUUUAGAUGACAUAUGCAAGAACUCUCACUCCGCAUCAUUCCUCUCAAAAUAUCGUUGUUUUAAAUAAUCCCAUUCGACAAGUUAUUAAUUAAUUCAUUAUAUGAGAAACUGUUGCUUUUGUUACAUUUAAUUCUUUUUUUGUUAGAAAACUAAUUGGUCACGUCAUAGUCAACUAGUCAACGCACCAUACAAAUUUAUUAUAUUAGUAUUAUGCUUCACGGCCCCCGUAUCAAGCGUGGGUACGAGUUUCAAAACGCGUUUGCGACGAAAGAUACCGGCGAGAACACUCGCGGGAAGUAGCCUUUUCUCUCCUUCCCCUGGAUGUCAUCUUAAUCUUGCUUACGUACAGCGCUACGGCAGGGUUUUGUAAUCUGUUUGGAAAAACCAGACAAAGGUUUGUGACUGAAUAGUAAGAUUAGCUUCCUCCUUGCUAAGGAGAUGGCGUGACCGAAUUAUUUACAGAGAAUACGACUGUCGUCCAGGAGGUCUCGAUUUCGAGUAGCUUGCGGUGCUGGCAUAAUUUUGGCAGGCAAGUGUUCAGUAUUUUCCUAGUGGAAAUCAUAGCCGCCCUCUCUGCUUUUUACAGGCUGGGAAGGCUGGGAGGAGAAAGAAAUCAAAGGUCAAAACGAAGGAGAGAGGAGGGAUGGGGUGAUAGAAAUUCUUGCCCCCUCCCCCCACCAUCCACUCUAACUCUUAAUCAAACAUGGCAUCCCAGAUAAUGAUCGUGCGCUUGUAACGUUAAUUCGCCCUGGUACGACACCCGCAUUUCGGGUCCUGACCCACGCUGUUCAUUGGCCGACUGGUUUGCGCUCUGCUACUUAUGACUUUUAGCCUUGUAAUCUUCCACUUGAACUCUUUGUUUCACUAAUUUUCCCGGUCACACAGGCCCUUGAGCUGUAAGCACUGUAUAUAAAUACCGAUUUCUUCAUAAUUGCGUCAACACCAAAAUAUGCGAAUCUGAUUGGUUGUUGACAGCCUUGACUCAUGAGCUAAUUGGAUAUUGAAAGACCAAACUGUCUGUUUAGACCCGUUAGAUCAAAAGACGUUUUUCGUAUGACACAUCGGACGAGACAAUUCAUAACCCAAAUUAAAGCAAAUUUACAAAUAAGUGGGGAGGUUUUUCGACUCUUUAUUGAGGAAUGACUGAAUUUAGGAGGGAAGAGGGCCAAUGCAUUAUAACUAAUCUGACACCACUGAUUUAGAGAGUUAGGAAAUAAUAUAAAAGCCAGACUUAAAUUAACAAUGCAAUAAAUGCAGUUCUAAACAAAUGAAGAAGAAAUAGAUAAUUUAUUUAUCUAUUUAUUUAUUCAUUUAUGAUAUUUAUACAGGCAGGCCCGGCUCAGCUUUAAAUCUGGUUUAAAUGGAGGCCUACGUAAAAAAUAACAAGGCCAGACGACAACAAAAGAACCUAUAUUUCCUACUAUUUGCGAGAAGUGCGUUGGUUCCUUAACAGAAAGAACGUUUGUCAAAACACCUCCGAAAUAUUUCCAUUACUGAGUUCCUGCGCCCUAUUAGUGACAAUUAAUUGGCAACAUGUCAAGAACUAUCGGACGAAUUUAUUAAUACUUUCAAUAUUUGACAUAGGUAGAGAUGUCAAAAAAAUUAUUCUUGUGUAUAUCUAGAUAUCCACUGGUAACUAUGACUUGAAAUAGUAUCGGUCGUCUGGAGAAAAGCAUGGAAAUAGGCCAAUGUUUCCAAAGAUAAACUUUCCUUAACUCAAAAAUACGAAAAAAAAAACAUGAAAUAAAAAAAUGGAGCGGAGUCGUUUGUCAUACAGUGGUAUUUUAAUAUUUGAAAUGCUGUGAGUCGUCUGCAUGGCACAAGCAGCUUAUAUUCUAUUGUUAAACAAUAUUCCUGAAAAGUGAGAGAUUGAGCUUGAGUUUAGUUGGAUUAAGACUCGACAAAUCUAACCAGAGCUAAUAAUAACGCAAUUGUGAGUUUCUAGUAUUGUUCGUCUAAAACCUACUCAAUUAGAAGAAAGCGCCCAAUUUACGAAUAACAAGCCAACCAUUCCCUUAAAAAAUUAAAUUGUCGAUGUUUGCUGGUUCUCUUUUCGGAGCUCGAUAAAUAUCCAGCGACAAACUGAACUCCGACCAGUAAUACUAAACUUCGCUUGUGCCGGAAUCAUAUAUGACACCAAACGAAUAUAUUAAGGGGAUCCUUAUUUUCUCUUGAUGAUAUCAAGAGGGCACGUUGACACACAUCCAUUUUCGAGCAAGUAUCGAAAAUAAUGCGCUUUUCGAAACAAAACUAAAACCAAAGUAAUCACAACAGCCAGUCAGAAGAAACCAAUGAGAACGCAAAGUUCGUAAAGGGCGGGAAAACGCGGGUGACUAAGUCAUAAUUGUUUUUGGUUUUGCAACUGAUUAAUGGAGAGGGUGGCUCGAGUUUUCUGGACCAAUCGCAGAGCAAAGUAAAGCAAGACCAAUGCAAUCUCGGGUUACUUUGGACACUCAAUUGACAAUGACACACACAAUGAUUACCAAACGACAGGAACGUGUAUACAGGCGACACGUAUAUACACGGCAAUUUUCUGUAAUGAUGCCUCUGAAAACAGCCCAAACGAUGUCACUUAAAAAUUGUAACACGUAUCUGGAAAGAACUCUAAAUGCACAGAUCUACGAAAUCAGGAAUCCAAGUAAUGAAUCUCUGAAAGUAUUUAAAAGACAAAUAAUUUAAUAUUGAUUGCGAUUGUGAUUUGAAGUUUGCAUUAGAGACAUUUGCAGUUUCUUGUGUAAGACUUAUUAUUAAUGUCAAUUUUCAAGUGGUGUUAUGAAUUGCAUUUGAGUUGCGCUUUGUUCUUCGUCAUAAAUAUCUAGCUUCAUAAUUAGUUUGUGUGGACAACUUUCUUAAUAUCUGAAAACUAAACUAAAUUUUUCAAUUACACACAUCUAACGGAGCAAAAAGCAGCAAACAACUGCCGAUAAGUUCAUGAUACGCCAAAAUCGUGAGGCUGUUUUGUUUGGUCGGCUUUACCUUUGGUUCUUGUUUUGCUAUUUUUGUUUUCUUUAUUUUUUAGCUCCACAAACUGACAAAAAGUAAUCCGACAAUGCUAAAUCUGCUCCAAACUUCUCUCUCUAUAUUUGUUUUUACUGUUGGCUAAACUGUUGCGGAACAAAACUUUCUUGACGGUAAACGAGAGAAAGUUAAUCGCUUUACAUCAUUAAGGAUUCUUAGAGUGUAACGGGCCCUAACAGAGUUUAGUGAUUGUAUUGUGAAAACUCCUCAAGGAGAGAUGUUAAGUACAGAGACAGAUUGGCGACUGAAAUUAGCGGACAGAGACGAAAUUCAAAACGUAAACAUGUUGUAAAUAUUUUAAUAAGCUCCCGAGGGGCUGAUAAAAUUUCCAUGGCUGUAACUUAAAGAGAGCACGAUCGCGUAGGCGGGCAAAUCGGAGGGAGCAACAGAUCGUAAGUUUUUACGCUAGAUUGAAAACUGUAAUAUUUGUCGAUGUAAGACCAUUUUAAAGUUUGAAAGCUCGUUGUGAAAGUUAUGCGUGGAUUAAUUAACUUGCACCCAAUGUAAAUCACGUUUUAAUGGGAAGUAGAGUACAAUCAAAGCGUUUCCUUGAAACUCCUGCAACCGUUAUUUUAAAGAGGAGCUUUUUGGGUGCUCGCCACGAUUUCUUGAUACCGGCGGAAAUCUGAACAUAACAUAAGUUAUUAGUAACAGCAGCUCACGCAUGUAGGAGGUGGUCAGUGUUGGAUUGACUUGUUAGAUACAUUCUAUCUCUUCCGGCGAUGUUUCCAGGGGCAAGCGAGGGUACGCGACAGAUGUUGUAAACAUUUCCGGACAUGGUGCGAUGGAGAGCGUAGAUAAAACCACGAUUUCGCAACAAUUCUGACUUGAGAGACAGACCUUGAACUCACCAAAUCUGAUGCUGGUUAUUAACCGCUUAAAAUGAGAAAAAUUGCGAUGGUAAAUGAAUCAGUUCGUUCUUAGAUUUAUCAAACGAUAUCUUAUAAAUCACCAAAUAGUAGCUCACCUGAAAACAACCACAGGAAUAUGUAGCUGUGAAUUUCUAAAAGUCAAGGUCGCCGGCCUUGAAAGUAAAUGAUCCCGAAGAUGAUAAAAGUAUAGAAUAUAAAAAUUAUUUCGACCUUAGGGGCAGUCUACUCUAGCUAUAGCUCUAACAGAGUGAUAUUUUAAAGUCUGUCUCUAUUUUGAGGUAUACCCCCUACUAGGGGACGCUAAAAAAGUUAAUGAUAUCGUGACUUCAAUUUCGUAACUUGGUAUGCGAUAAUAAUCAGAGACUUUUUGAAAAUAGCAGGUCUGAGAUAGAGCAUGUUGUUUACUUCAGUGUGCUAUCAAGGGGUUUUAGAAUGCAUCUUAAUGUUAUCUAUAGAAGGUAAUUAAACAUCGAUUGUGGGUUUAAAUUCAAGAGCGUUUGAUACCCGCGCAGCCGCAAAAAGUUAUAGAGCACCCUCAGUAAAGCCUUUUAGACCGUGAACACUAGGAAUGAACGUUGUCUUCCCAGCAAGUCGUGUUCGAAUCGCAGGUUUUGAAACCGUAGUAAACGUUACAAUCAGUUAAUAUAACUAAUACCUAUGAGCUAAUCUAUUGUUCAUCUGUGCUUCAAGGACGACGAGAAAUGGUGGUGAAUGGUGUUGGGUGACUGAACUUAGCAAACGAAUGAGACUGAUAUCUGAAGACAUAGAGUGUAAUCAAUUGGGGAGUGCGUUUGAUAUAGCAUCACUUUUUAUCAUGUUAUAAAGCGAGGGCUUAAUAGCUUAUAACAAACGUUGCAACUCAGAGUUACUUUUUCAGUCAAGGCAUGAGAAAGAGCUCGAGGUCGUUAAAAACAGUUGAACUCCAUUAAAAAAGGAAACACUAGAAGUGAAAUCAGCAUAUAUCUAGGAUUUUUCCAUGAAUACAUGUUUCCAUAUUUUGGCGCAGUCACAUGUACUUAUUCCCAAGUGACAUAUCUUUCCUUAAAUGAUCAUGACCAACAUCGAUUCUUUCGUAAAUGCGUGGUGACCUGACGAUUAAGAGUGUCUCUGACUUAAGGUAUAUACACCAUUAACCCACUUUCCAACUCCUUGAUCAAGAUUGGGCGAAAACUGACCACUUGAACUUUGUGCAUGUAGAUCUUGACAACAAGGAGUACUUUCUUAUCAACACUUCUGAUCUCAGUUUGGAAGUUUUCUAGAACAAUUUUAAAUUCCUCGUCGAAUAUGUGUUCUCAUCCGCGCACGUAAUAAGUCAUACAAAAAGAAAAGAAAUAUAAUCUUGAUGUAAGAAAAUUCUAUCUCCACGAAGGAGACAUAAUUUUAAUGAAGAACUAAGGGUGUUAGCCAUUUGAAAAAUGACGCAAGCAUGGGGUCGAAGUAUUCUUGAAAGUUGAAUUUAGCCUCUAAUUUUUUUUGCCGGACAGGAAUGUUUACAGUGAAUUCCAAGUUCGUCUGUUUUUAAGCCACUGAGUUUCUUUUAUGACGUCAAAGGACAAUCGUUAGAUAAAACUGGUCAGGUUUAACAAGAGAAAGAGGACACCGCAAUUUGUUUUGAGUGCCACAGCUUUCUCCAAAGUCGUUUGGUCCACUCGUGUAUUGGAUCAAGCGGCAACAUGGCGACACACACUCGCUAAGGAUUACCUCCUUUUAUUGUCAGAGAAAACUAACGCUCUCUUAGACUAAUUUGUAAACAUUACACAGACAAUAAGCGGGAAAUAGCGGGCGGGAUAAAGGAACUUGCUCCUACAGAAAAACUUUCUUUGCGAUCUCUAGGAAAUGUUAGCCGUAAACAAAGAGUUUCUAGGUGACACAGAAAUCUAGACACAACUUUCUGAUAUACUCCCUUUCGAAGAAGGCUCAAUCUUUUCAAGAUUAUCAAGAGUGGGUCUAGACAAUCCAUUGGAUUAUUGUUAACGUUUAUCAUUUCGUUAUUUAUAUUUCUUUUAUUGUGGCUUGAAUGAAUUUCAUUCUCACCGUCGUGGGCGACUCAGCCAUUUUUUUCAAAUCACGAAAUUCGCACAUGGAAGUUAUCAAUUUUGAUUAAAAAAAAAAUUUAGUACCUCCGUUUCUAUUCAGACGUAAUUUCAGUUUACUGCUUGUUAAAGGUAUUGACGCAGCACAAAAUUAAAAUAGCAUUAACUGAAUAGCUGACAUUAUGAUGCGUCAUAUUGUUUGAGGUUAGUCUUUAAGACUCCGGAAAUUACAUAUCCAGGAGAAAAAAUCAGAGACUACUGAUAUAUAUUUUGUGCGUAACACAGUUCCCACAGUUUAAUAUUCCAUUGGCAUUAUGUCAAAAUUAACGAAGUAAAUCAUGUAUUAGUCGAGCACUGAUAUUUAAGCACAUCUGAAGGGUAAUGGGAAGUUUCACAUUUUCAUAACUGUUGAUUUUUUCCUCGUCCACAUUAGGUAGUCCGACAACCAAAAUUCCUUUGGAAAUGUUCUGGAAUUUGACAUCAUAGCAAUAAUCAUCCGUUGUUUUUCUUUGAAAAGUCCUCUCUUGCCAAAUAAUAACAAAAUACUUGAGCUAAGCCAGUCAGGCGUUUCAAGGUUUUUUAAGUUGUUACAAAGAUAAAACGCGGUACAAUUAAAGACUAAUUUUUUUCCUUUUCUAAAAGAGCUGACCCGUGAAAAAAAAAACGCCUUUAGAAACAAUGCUUUUCCAGCUCCCUUUGUUAAUUUAUUCCUGUUACAUAUUUCAUUUGAGGUUAAAAAGAACUUUCUUUUUUGUUUCAUCACACAAUUGCAGCCCACACCGAAGUCGCAAAUUGGACGCUGCGGUUUCACUUAAACAGGCGCUGAUUUGGUCCGUAGACCUACAAACCCACGCCUGUGGAACAAGUGAAUUAAACCGAGGACCGUGAGAGAGCAGAUGGAGGAAGCUUUUAGGUUAAAUUCUCACGAAUAUUUUUUUAAUAAAUUGUUAAUGUGUACUUUUUAGGAAACUGAGCAUUUUUUUUAAAAAGUUAUCAAGAUCUAAAGAGCCGACAUGAACCUUUGAAAAACAAGUUGUUUCUUACCAAAAACAAUUCUUUACUCAUGAGUUUACGUAUGUGCGAAACUGUUACGGUAUAGAUUUUUAAGAAGGCUCUUAGACGCGUGUGCGUUAUUUUGGAAUAUUUAGUAAUUCUUUCGCUCUUUCGCCUGCGAUCUCCGUGAAGUCUCUCGAAUAUCGGACUGACGAGAUUGAGCUUGUUCUUUGUGCUUUUUAAGGAAAAAAUUUUGCGUAAUAACCGCAAUCAUAUGCAUAUAAAAACAUCAAAACAAGAUCACAGACACAGACUCUAACAGCUCACUUGGAAGAAUACCUCAAAGAGACAAGAGAUAGGGAAAAUGAGGAGCUUCGUUUCUUGGAAAACUGUCAUAAUUGUUGCGUUGUUGCUGAGAGUUUAUUUGGCCGAGGAAGUUAUUGCUGCGUUGGAACGCCCGGAAAAAACGAAGGAGCCUCAAAAAGCCAUAAGAUUUCUUAGCUCAAAGAAAUCAGGCGGCAACUUUGGUGGCAACAAGACCACCACGAUUUCCGAAACGAAAACCAUCAGCAACGGUUUCUUGAAAAAUGUUCCUUUUACAGUGUCCUUCGAUGAUCCCAAAGAAGAUCUCACCGACUUUAGCUACCAAACGAUUUGGCACAAUGGCUCGGUAACAUUUACAAAUUUCUCUGUUCGUGAUUUAGAUCAUUUCAACUCAGGUAACAGAUCUGAAACUCAACACGUGUUAGGAGAUGACUCAGUAAUUGGUGAGCCCGAACUUUUGUCCUCAUCUCUGGAGGAAAGUUAUCAAAACUUUUCCCGAACUUUUGAGCAACGUCGCUUCAAGAGAAUUAUCUUUGGGCGUGACGGUCGCAUUAGAUUAAACACCUCUACUCUCGCUCAGAAAUUUCCUUUUUCGCCAUAUGUCAAAAUUGCAGCAGGUUCUUUCGAAUGUUCAGGAUCACUGAUUUCUCCGUUUCACGUUCUGACGUCAGCGCACUGCGUUCACGAUGGUCAGCGGCCGCUGACAGACAUGGCCAAUCUGAGAGUAGGAGUUCUGCGACGCAAUGGAAAAUUCCGUUGGAUUCGUGUGGUUAAAGUCAAUUUUCCGGAAAGCUGGCGCCGUAAUUCCGAUUCAUCAAACUUUGACUAUGCAGUAAUUAAGUUGAUAAAACCUCACAAAAGACCCUUUUUCAAGCUCGGAGUGAUUAAUAGGGCAGGUCCACAAUACAAGAUUCACUUCGCAAGUUUUCCCGGUGACAAGAAAUCAAACACAAUGUGGUAUAGUCACUGUAAUACGCGGGCGAAUGCCAAUUUGCUAAUUUGUAGAUGUGACGCCGCUAGAGGAAGUUCGGGGGCUGGGACUUACGUUAGAACCAAGCUAAAGGGGUCCGGGAAAGACCGUGUGAUAGUAGGUGUUCUUUCGGGGUCUGGAAUCGUCAAGCUUCCCGACGGCAAGAAGCACUUUAAUUUUGUCACCAAGCUAACAACGUCAAAAGCGAGGCAGAUAUGUGGCUGGAUAGGAAGAGGCUCAAACUGCGUCACAUGGAAUUCGUUUGACGCUUCUAACCAAGCACGACUUCGAUCAGACCGUUAG